CAGUAGGUUGAAGUCUUUCCAGUUUCCUUGACAUCCACCUGCUUUUGUUCAGCCAAUAGGCUCUCUGGCGCGGUGACAUCUCAAGUAUAUAAAAGGUUAAAGGUAAAUUAUUGUAGUCACUUUGAAAGAAAGACGCAUCUUCAACAAUCAUGGUGUCGCGCCGAUCACUUACAAUUGACACUGAGAAACCGACCAAGACGACAUACGUGGUCGGAACGGAGUUGACGGUGAAUUUAAACAGGUGUGCCCCACCACAGGCCAAGUUCUUCUCAAUAAAAUGUACCCCAAACGUGCAUUACAAGGUCACUCCCCCGACCAAGGACAAAAACACCCUUCCGCAGCCCCUCACCCCAAACUCUAUCCUCAUCAUCACCAUGGACACAGUCAGUGAGACUGCAUUUGACAGCAAGUUAUCUGUGAGGUACUAUGGGGACAAAACGGAGACUCUUGUGGACGCCGUGCUGCAUCUAACAGCUGUCGAGAUAUCUCUGGACGUAGAUGCCGACCGAGAUGGCGUCGUUGAGAAAAACAAUCCAAACAAGGCAUCCUGGAAAUGGGGUCCUAAUGGCUACGGUGCAGUUUUGCUGGUUAACUGUGACUCCGAGACCACAUACAAGAAGAAACUGGACAGUGAGAAUAAUGAGAUCAGUAAAGUCUCGGAUUUGCAGGACAUGUCCAAGAUGAUCUUGCGUACCAACGGGCCAUCUCAACUUCCUGAAGGCUAUAAGCUGAGCAUGUACAUCUCGCAGACCACUUCAGAGAGCGUGAGAGUCUUCAGACCUCGGACAAAUGUACAAAAAGACAAUGUGUGGAAGUACAAACUCCUGAAGUUGUUCCUGAAAGAUUAUCUCAUGGUGGUGGGAACGAAGAAGCUGACACAGGAAGUGCCCUAUCUGGGAGGAAAAACCGAACUGGUGUUCUAUGUAGAAGGUCUUCGCUUCCCUGAUAAAGACUUUGAUGGGCUCAUCACCAUCAACCUUAGUUUACUAGAGCCCAGUGGCAAGGAUAUCCCUGAAACGCCCAUCUUUACAGAUAAAGUCAUGUUUCACGUUUCGCCCUGGAUCAUGACCCCUAACACCCUCAAACCUGUGGAGGUGUAUGUGUGCAGCACAACUGAUAACUACAAGUUCCUGAAGAGCAUUAAGAACCUGGUGGAGAAGAGUGGCUACAAACUGAAGAUAAUUCAUGAGUACAUGAACCGAGGUGACCGCUGGAUGCAGGAUGAGAUUGAGUUUGGCUACAUUGACUCUCCCCAUCAUCGGUUUCCUGUUGUACUGGAUUCUCCUCGUGAUAGAGGCCUUCAGGAUUUUCCCUACGAGUCCCUUCUGGGACCAGACUUUGGUUAUGUGACACGGCAUGUUUUGAAUGAGGAAGUGAGCAGUCUGGACUCCUUUGGUAACCUGGAGGUUACUCCACCAGUCACAGUGAACGGGAAAAGUUACCCACUGGGCAGGAUUAUCAUUGGAGUGGCGUUCCCUACUGCAACAGGUGGCCGCAACAUGACCCAAGUCGUCCAAGAUUUCUUGUGGGCACAGAAGGUUCAAGAGCCAAUAGCGCUCUACUCUGAUUGGCUGGUUGUGGGUCAUGUGGAUGAGUUCAUGACCUUUGUCCCAGCCCCUGACCGAAAGAAGUUCCGGUUGCUGCUGGCCAGUCCUGACGCCGGAUACAAAGUUUUCAAAAGCUUACAAAGCAAAGGACAUGGAAAAAUGGAAAUGUUUCCAGGUAUGCCAGAGGCCAUUUCUGUUAAUGAGAUCCUGAGUGACAAAAAGCUACAGGCUGAAAACCGAUACGUGCAGAGCUGUAUUGACUGGAACAGGGAUGUGCUCAAGAAAGAACUGGGGUUGGAUGAGGAGGACAUCAUCGAUUUGCCCAUCCUGUUUAAAGUGAUGGAGGAGGAAGAAGAAGAAGAAGAGAAGAAAUCAAUCCCCAGGGCUGCGGCUUACUACCCCGACAUGGUGAACAUGAUCGUGUUGGGGGACCAGCUGGGCAUCCCAAAACCUUUUGGGCCCCAGAUAAAAGGCCAAUGUGCUCUGGAGACAGAGAUGUGUUCUCUUCUGGAGCCUCUAGGCCUCAAAUGUACCUUCAUUGAUGACUUUGCCUCGUACCACAAACUUCUGGGUGAAGUUCACUGCGGUUCCAACGUUCGUCGAGAACCAUCCCCUUUCAGAUGGUGGAACCUAGACCUGUGAGAGAGAGAGAGAGAGACUAGGAAGAAGAGAGACCAAUGUCCAGUGCCUACUGUGUCUAAAGCAGGAUUAACGGGUGUUUAAACUAGUUAUUCUAGCAAUAAACAAUGCAUACAGCCUUAACCUUUCAGAAAAAUGGGAUAAUUCAUCUAAAAAUGGAAAUCUGUCAUCAAUUACUCACCCUCCUCAAGUUGUUCAAGCAGCUCUUUUCUAUAUAAUGACAAGGUGCAGUCAAGCUCCAAAAAAAAAAAAAGAAUGAGAAAGUCAUUCGUAUCACUAUGCAAUAAGUGUUCUGAAGUUGUACAACAGUUUUCUGUAAGGAACUUAAGUGCCUAUUCACUGAAAAUCUACUUUUGUUGCACCCGCAUAUUGAGAUUUGAGCGCUUUGGAUUUCAGCAAAUGCAACUUUUGGAAUGACAUGAGUGUGAGCAGAUGAUGACAAUUUGGUGAUCUUUUAAUAGUUUUUCACAUUUUUAUAACUUUCCUCUGACAACCAGGUCUUGUUUUUUAGCCUGAGUCUAUUCCUCAGGCUGCAGCGGUGCUGCUUCAGCAUUUCUAAAAAAUACAAAUUAAGGGCUUACAAUUAGGAAUAAUGCUUUGAAAAGUGGUUCAAAUGAAUGAUAACCACUUCGAGCUUACGAAACAUGUCUGUCAAGAGUUGUAUUUGUUAACAUUAGUUAAUGAACUAUGAAAGUGACAUGAACAAUGAACAGCUGUAUUGGUAUUAACUAAUGUUAACAAAGAUGAACAAAUACAGUAACAAAGGUACUGCUCAUGGUUAACUAUUGUUAAAUGAACCUUAUUGUAAAGUGUUACCUAUUAACCAUGAAUGUUCACUCUGUGUUUCCUCUAACUAAUAAUGAUCUUAUAAUUGGUGAUUUACAAUCUUGGAUGAUUUCCCAAAGUAAUAUACAUUAAAGCAAUAAAUAAACAUUCCAUGAACCCUUUGAUCUUUAUUAAA